GGUGCCGGCCGCCGUCGGGCUCGCAGCUGCGAGCAGCGGGCGCCCACCCAGCCUCAGGGCCAUGUUCUACUUCCACUGCCCCCCGCAGCUAGAGGGCGCUGCCCCCUUCGGAGGUCACUCCGCCGGCGACUUCGACGACGGGUUCCUGCGAAGGAAGCAGCGCCGCAACCGCACCACGUUCACCUUGCAGCAGCUCGAGGCCCUGGAAGCCGUUUUUGCUCAAACCCACUACCCCGAUGUGUUCACUCGGGAAGAGCUGGCUCUGAAAAUCAACCUCACGGAGGCCAGGGUGCAGGUGUGGUUCCAAAAUCGAAGGGCUAAAUGGAGAAAAACAGAGAGGGGUGCUUCUGACCAAGAGGGUUCCAAGGAAACCAUGGCUGAGGUGGCACCUCCUGCAAGGAAUUUAAAUUCCCCUUCUCCAACAGACCAAACCAGGAAUAAAAAAGAGGGUCUGGAAAUCCAGCAGAGCCUGAGCCGAGCAGUGGGUCCUACAGGACCUUUCUUCCCUUCCUGCCUGCCAGGGACUCUUCUCAACACAGCCACCUAUGCACAAGCUUUAUCCCACGUCGCCUCUCUAAAAGGGAGCCCGCUGUGCUCGUGCUGCGUUCCAGACCCCAUGGGCCUGUCCUUCCUGCCCACCUACGGCUGCCAGAGCAACCGCACGGCCAGCGUGGCGGCGCUGCGCAUGAAGGCGCGCGAGCACUCGGAGGCCGUGCUGCAGUCUGCCAACCUGCUGCCCGCCGCCAGCAGCAGCCCCACGCCCCCCGCCAAGCCCGGCCCCGAGGGCAGCCAGGACAAGCAGCCCCCUGCAGCCAAGGAGCACAUGGAGGGCGAGAAGAGCGUAUGAGAGCGGAGUUCUGCCGCCCGUGCCCUGCCACAGGGUGAACUGCAGUGUGGCCGUGCCCAGUGGGACGUCAGGGGCCACCAGGGACCUGCACAGCUGAGCGGCCUCUUUGGCUGCCUUUCAUGCACCCUUGCUUUUCUUGUGUCGCUGUAGGUUCGUUUCCCUGAUUUAUCAGCACUAUCUGUGUUUGGAAACUUUGGUGAAACUGUUUUUAUUCCCCCCUUGCCCCAUACAUCCCAGGGACACUGAAAAGAUCCUGGCUUGCUCCUGCACAUCUCGACUUCCCAUCCUGUGUGAAAUGGAUGGUUGGAAGCAACACAUCACUUCCAGAUGUGAGUUCUGGGGCAAGAGAUGUACCCAGGCACCAGUUACUCCACUGCUCACAACAGAGGGGAAGGAAUGUCCAGGUAUAUCCCAAUUUGGCCUGCUAUUUUCUGGAGGCACUUGACUUCAACCAAACCUAUCCCAGGCAAUCCAGGUGUAAGAGAAGCAGAAAAUAGAACAAAAAUCUUCUUUUUUUUUUCUUCUUUUUUCUUUUCUCUGAAGGUGAAACUUCUCAUCCAUAGAUUACUGGAAAGUUGCUGAGAUGAGUUUACUUGUGACUAAAACCCUUGCACUAGGCUCUGUGUGAACAUUGGUGAAUUACUCUUGCCAUUCGCUGCAUUAGACAUGAAAAACACAUGACUUCAGAGUGGCAUUCACAGCUUCAAACAGUAAUGCUGGUAUUUAAUGGAAAGUGAAUUGUGUCUAGAUCUGCACAAAGCUGGGGGUAUUUUGACAUAAUUGUCUUGGAAAAAGAGACUGGAAGACAAAAAUAAUCCCUCAUUUCAAGACUGCAAAUAUGUUUUUCCAUGUUUUAUUUUUAAUAAGGAGGAAAUAAAGCUUGGAGGGAUAUCCCUUUAUGCCAUCCAAAUUUAUACUAUUCCAUUUACUGAAAGCUUGUUGUAAUGAAUCUAGAUAUGAAAAGAUACUAAUUAUUACAGACUGGGAACAGUGCAAGGGAGAAAUUGAUGCCUUAGUAAAUUUAGUCUUAUGUCUCACCCAAACCUCCUCAAAGCAAAGCAGACUUAGAUCUGAAGAGCAGCCAUUUUAAUCUCACUUUUUUUUUCCCAUGGGAACUGUAUGUGAGGGUUUAAACUUAGGCAGUUGGACUUGAUGUUUCCAGGUGCCAUUUGCAGAUUCCUUAGGCUUGUCCACAGGUGUCCCUGGAAAACAGGCUGAAACCACCUUUCUGAAAUUUUGAUCAAGUAACAUGGAGGCUAGUGGAAGGAUCCCUGUCACCUCUGAUCCUGCACAUUGUGCUGAGGACCUCCUGAAAUGUGCUCAGCACAGGGUUUGUUUGGCUGUUCACAGGAUCCAGGUUUGGGGAUGCGCUUGGAAAGGCAUUCCUGAGUAAGGUUGGCAGCAGAAUUUUGUCUCCUCCAUGUAAGUGAUUUCAGCCCAUAAAUUUCACAGACCUCUGUGGGGCUCACAGGACCCUUUCAUACUGCCUGGUGCACACCUUCCUUUCCAUGAGGCAUGGCCUGAUGUCAGCACCCACUCAAAGGGUGGGAGCCCUGGUGUUCCUGGGGUUGCUUGGCAGCACCCAGCAGCAUCACUGUGGAGGAGCCAAGGGUACCAGGCACCCUCAGAGUGGAGUUUGUGUCUUCUGGGCACGAGCCAGCAGAG